AUGACUCAAGUAAGCAAAGGUAACAAUUCUCACUCCAAAACAUUAACCAAAUUGACAAGACGUACUUCAUCAUAUGUAAAUGAUAAAUAUUAACAACUAUGGGAAUCGCUUAAAUUUAAAACUAUUCACGAACCCUAUGAUGUGAACAUGCUACAAGAGUUUUUUUAUGAUUUAGUCAAAGAAGAAAACUUCAUCAACAUUGAUCGCUAUGAAUUCCCUGUACAUAAUAAAGCUGAUUUCACUCAUUUUAAAUCAUAUUUCAUUACGGUUUUAUUUCAUGAACGAGACUUGAAUAAAUACUUAUUUAAAUUAGAAUCAAUAAGAAUGUCUCAUUUGCGAUUGUUAUCCAUUAAUUAAGAAUUGAAAGGCUUUUUUGGGUUAAAUCAAAUCUUAAAAUCUCUAUUUGAGCAUUUAAGAAUGGACAUCACUUUAAAGAAUUAUGUCAGCGAUUAUGAGAGUGUUAAGGAUAUUUGGUUAGAGGUCUCAACUAAUAUAUUGUAACCGUAGGAUGACAAUUAGAAAUUACAUAAGUAGAUUCGAAAUUAUGCAGAAACAAAUAAACUUAAUCAUGUGCAUUUCUUCAAUUUUAAGUUUCUCCUGUAUAAGGUAUUGCUAAAGCAUAAGAUUUCAAUGAGAGGGAUCAAAAAGGUCUUGAAAUUAUUAGAUAAUUGGAAAAGCACUGUUAUGAGAUGCGAACGCAUUAUGGAAUUGAUUCUUUGCAAUUGUACUAAAAUUGCUAAAAGCUUAUAGAUUAGUAUCUAAUGUACUGUAUGGUAACUGACCAAAAGCAUGAAACUAUUCAAAGAAGAGCGAUAGAACUUAUACUAGAAUAUUUAUACGACAAUGAUCAUAGAUCAAUUAAGAAAUGUGAUUUGCAUUAAUACCAUUAUGUUCACCAAUCAAUGCAAAAAGUGA